UUUUUCUUCUUUCAAUUUUCACGAUGGCAACAAUUGAUUUGUCGGUACAGCAAAACGUUUCUGUAGGGUUAUUUAUUUAUGUGAUCGCCACAUACUUGCCUGUUAUGUUGAUGACGAUAAUAGGAAACUUCAUUGUUAUACUCAGUGUGUAUCGGAAACGUCAAAAAACUCCGGGCAUGAUCUUCAUCUCAUCCUUAGCAAUCGUUGAUUUCUUAACUGGUUUGGUUGGAGUUCCUCUCUCUAUGGUUGCAGGCCUUGUUCGUAGACAGUUCCUUUAUAGGAAUAACUGUGCGAUAUGGUAUUAUAUGCCCGCCACAAUAUUUAUUUAUAUCUCCGUGGUGAAUCUGCUCGCGAUAACUAUUGAGCGAUUUCUUGCGAUUAAAUAUCCUCUUCGAUACCAUGUAUGGAUGUCAGUUGAAAAGGCAAUUAAAAUUUCAAUAUGUGUUGAUUUGUUUGGGGUUGUUUUAGCAGGAAGUCCAUUUGCAAUAGGUGCUGUUGCAAGCCUUUUCGUGCCCCCACCUAAUGUGACGUAUGAAUAUGAUUGCGGGAGCUCUGCCACUUAUGAAAUGUACGGAACACCUGUGGCGUAUUUCGUCCAAGGACCGCUUGCCGGCCUUUCAAUUCCUAUCAUGUUCAUACUGUACGCGCAUAUUUUCUUUGCGUUAAAAAAAGCAAAUAAGACUGCCUCACGCCACGAGAAGAAGGUUAGUAAACGAGAGAUGAAACUGGCCAAGACAACAGCCAUAGUACUUUUGGUUUACACUCUGUGUAUUGCACCAAGUGCCCUUAAAAUCAUUAUUCGCAAUCUCAUUGAUAAUGGUUCUACCUGGCUGGUGUGGUACUUGUGGUUAGCAGAUUUUCUCGUCGUUGCUAACUCGAUGAUGAAUCCGUUAAUUUAUGCAGGAAGAAGUCAAGUAAGAAGAAAAGAAUUAAAAGAAACAUUUUACUUCAUAAUCUGCAAGGUUUCAUCUGGAUCAGAAAUAAAAGCGAAAUAUGACUCAGAGGCGUCCUGAAGAUGUGUCAGCAUCGUCAGAAUCUAACUUUUCAACUUGCUUCACACUAGUGCGUCGUCGGCAAGCACUGACGAGAGUGUUGUGCAAAUUUUAGUGAAGAAUUAGAUAACGUCACGCACUUAUAGAAGAAUUAAGUUGUUCUGCCAAGUAAAAUGGCCGAAACUCAGCAUAGUUAAUAGCAUGAUUCUUAGUACGUCAUCGGCAAGCCUUGGUAAAUAUUCAGUGAUGUUGUAUUAAAAGGAACACGAAAAGGCGUAGUAUUUUGUGAUAGACAAGCAAAUUGGCCGAAAACCAUCAUUCUUGGCAGAUUGUUCGUGACAAAAAAUUUUGUCACUUUUAAGGAUUCACUCCAGUAACCUGGUUGGAAGGCAAGCAUAUUAAUCACACAUCUACAGCUCCACUAAUGAAAAUGGUGGUAUACCUAUGUUGUUGAAUUACCUUGCGCGUACCAAGAAUGUUUAAAAAUGCUGGCAACUUUUUUUUUUAGUAGCAACAACAUUUUGGUGACACGGUGACCCAAUGCAUCAGGUAUCAAUAGCUCCAAGCUGAAAUCGAUGGGACGCUUUGCUGUUUAUUUAAUUUUUUUUCUUGCCCUGUUUUUCUCGUUUUCCUGCUUGACAUUUUUUAUGAUUCCUUACUUAUGUAUUUUCUACCAUUAAAAUGACAGCCCCGAAACCUAGAUAGAGAAAUACCAGGAUGAUGUUCGGCGGGAGUUUAUUACCCGGACCGUAGUAGGCCUAUUUAAGAGUUUAUAAAUAAGUCCAUUUUUAUACUGGCCCCGUACCUUUACCAGGAUCCGUGGCUUUACCAAAGAAAAACCAUACCAGGAUGGUGAUAGUUUAUUACCAUAAUAAAUAGUUUACAGUUUUAGUCAAACCUUCUUGUAUAUUUGACCACGGAAUCUCUCAGAAAUUCCGGGUUGUUGUGCGGCAGGGGAUAGAUUACCAAUUGAAAGCGCCUGGUGCGGACCUGUAGGCCUAAUCCUCUAGAGUGUAGAUGAUAUAAUAAUUAUAUGUAUAGAGUACGUAUCACCGUGGAUUUAUAUAAUGUUAACUUACCGUACUCUUUAGGCCUAAAUUUUUAUUGUAUUUUAGUGUAGAUGUAUCUCCCUGGUUUGAAUAGGCGGCCCGCAGGCCAAAUUGGCCCGUGAAGUAAAAACUUCAUCCGACAUGUUUAAGUAUUGCAGAAUCCUGAUGCCUGAUUUAGGCCUAUAACCCAUGGUGGAAGAAGCUCAUUGUUAAAUCAUAGAGUAAACGAAACUAAAUGUAAGUUACUGUAUUUUGGGUUUUCGUCAAUAAAAGCCUACUUAUUUUACAUGACCGAUGAACCAAAGAACAGUGCUUAUAAAAAUACAUUUCGAUUGUCCUGCAAAUAAUUCAAACCAUAAAGGACUCUUCACUCUUAGAAAAAGGGGUGCUUUAUAGAGAGGUUUCGGGUGCCUGAAUAAAGACUAGUUCAAGUGAAA